AUAACCACUAACCCCCUAAUCUAGGGGUUAGUGGUGGGGGGAGAGAUUCUUUACUAGCACCGAGAAAUGAUGCUAUUUUAGAUUUAAAAUGUGAAAUUAAUAUUAAUUGCAGAUGCAUAGUCAAGCAACCGCAUAGUUUUUUAGUUGAAGCUGUUCAAUAUACAAUACAAAAUGGCCGGUCUUGCAACAUAUUCUGAAAUUGAGUCCACCCUCCAGAAGAGGAUCAUGAUCUUUGAUGGAGGGAUGGGGACAAUGAUCCAGAACCUCCGUUUGGAAGAGGAGGACUUUUGUGGGGACAGGUUUAAAGAUCAUUCCAAACCACUGAAAGGGAAUAAUGAUCUUUUAUCAUUGACCAAACCCGAAAGUAUUUAUGAAAUACACAAGGCAUAUUUAGAAGCUGGUGCUGAUUUCAUUGAAACGAACACAUUCAGUGGAACAAGUAUUGCUCAAGCUGACUAUGCACUUGAACAUGUGGUGUACGAACUUAACUAUGAGUCGGCUAAAAUUGCAAAACGAGCUGCGAGAGAUGUCUCCAAUGCUACUGGGGUGAAGCGGUAUGUUGCUGGUAGUGUUGGACCAACCAAUAAAACUUUGUCUGUUUCACCAUCUGUGGAGAAACCUGAAUAUAGAAACAUAACCUUUGAUGAACUGGUGACUUCAUACUCUGAACAAGUGAGGGGUUUAUUGGAUGGAGGUGCAGAUGUUUUGUUGGUGGAAACUAUAUUCGAUACAGCUAAUGCAAAGGCCGGUUUGUUCGCCAUUCAAGUUGUUUUGGAUGACGAAAAGUAUGCUCCAUUAAGGGGAAUACCCAUAUUUGUAUCAGGCACCAUAGUAGACAAGAGUGGUCGAACAUUAUCUGGCCAAACUGGGGAAGCAUUUGUUGUUAGUGUCUCUCAUGCUAAACCUAUGUGCUUGGGAUUAAACUGUGCACUAGGGGCAGUAGAGAUGCGUCCGUUCAUUGAAGUGAUCGGAAACUUCACGGAUAGAUACGUGAUAUGUUAUCCUAAUGCUGGUCUUCCUAAUACAUUUGGUGGAUAUGAUGAAACUCCACAAACAACGGCCAAGUAUCUAGCGGAGUUUGCAGCUUCAGGGUUGGUAAACAUAGUUGGUGGAUGUUGUGGUACAACUCCUGAACAUAUUCGUGCUAUUGCUAAUGCUGUGAAGAUCCAUAAACCUCGUGUACCUCCUCAUGACCCACAUAAGGGAUGUUUACUGUUAAGCGGUCUUGAACCAGCCAUCAUAAGUUCGCUCACAAACUUCGUAAACAUCGGUGAGCGUUGCAAUGUAGCAGGAUCUCGUAGAUUUGCUCGACUUAUUCAGAACGGAAAGUACGAGUCAGCACUAGAUGUCGCUAGAUCACAAGUAGAGAUGGGAGCUCAGAUCCUGGACAUAAACAUGGAUGAAGGGAUGUUGGAUGGAGGAGUGGUGAUGCCUAAGUUUAUCAACCUCAUCGGAUCAGAGCCGGAUGUUUCAAAGGUUCCUCUCUGCAUCGAUUCAUCCAACUUUAACAUCGUAGUUGCCGGGUUAAAAACCACUCAGGGCAAAUGUAUUGUGAACAGCAUCAGUUUAAAGGAGGGAGAAGAAGAUUUUGUGGAGAAAGCAAAGUUGAUUCUUAGGUUUGGUGCGGCUGUUGUUGUCAUGGCGUUUGAUGAAGAAGGGCAGGCAACGUCUUCAGAAGACAAAGUUCGUAUUUGUACAAGGUCGUACCGAAUAUUAGUCGACCAGGUUGGUUUCAAUCCAAAUGACAUCAUUUUUGAUCCCAACAUUCUGACAAUUGGGACCGGGAUGGAGGAGCAUAAUGAGUAUGCAAUCCACUUCAUCAAUGCCACCCGCAUCAUCAAGCAGACACUCCCAGGAUGUAGGAUCAGCGGAGGACUCUCAAAUCUAUCAUUUUCAUUCAGAGGAAUGGAGACGAUCAGAGAAGCGAUGCAUUCAGUUUUUCUCUUCCAUGCAAUCACAGCUGGUAUGGACAUGGGUAUAGUGAAUGCCGGUAACCUUCCUGUAUAUGAUGACAUACCUGCUGAUUUACUCAAGUUGUGUGAGGAUCUUAUUUGGAACAAGGAUCCUGAUGCAACCGAGAAGUUGUUGAAAUAUGCGCAGGAUUAUGGGAAGAGUGGGAGCAAGAGUGUUGAGAGCGAGGAGUGGAGGAGUUGGGAGGUGGAGGAGAGGUUGCAACAUUCGCUUGUCAAGGGAAUUGACAAAUAUGUUAUUGAAGACACCAAAGAAUGUCAGCAAAACACAGUGAGAUAUCCAAGGGCUCUUAAUGUCAUUGAGGGACCAUUAAUGAAGGGUAUGGGAGUGGUAGGAGAUUUAUUCGGCGCUGGGAAAAUGUUUUUACCCCAGGUUAUCAAGUCAGCUCGUGUGAUGAAGAAAGCAGUUGGAUACCUCAUCCCGAUCAUGGAAGAGGAGAAAAAGUUGAGAUACAAAGAGAUGGAGAAGAUGGGAAUGGAAUGUGUAGAGGAGGAUCGAUUUGCCGGCACUGUUGUCAUGGCGACUGUAAAAGGUGACGUGCAUGACAUCGGCAAAAACAUCGUUGGCGUCGUUCUCGGUUGUAAUAACUACCGAGUCAUUGAUCUUGGGGUCAUGACCCCUUGCGACAAAAUCUUACAAACAGCGUUGGAAAAUAAAGCCGACAUCAUCGGGUUAUCAGGGCUAAUCACCCCUUCGUUGUCCGAGAUGAUUCAUGUGGCCAAGGAGAUGGAAAGACAAGAUAUGAAGAUCCCUCUCCUGAUUGGUGGAGCCACCACAUCACGAACUCACACAGCCGUGAAGAUCUCACCAAGAUACAACCAACCUACUAUACAUGUGCUUGAUGCUUCUAAGAGUGUUGUUGUGAUAUCAUCUUUGUUAAAUGAUGAUCUGAGGAUGGAAUAUCUGGAUGAGAUAAAGGAGGAAUAUGAAGAAGUGAGGAUGGAUCAUUAUGAUUCACUCCUGGAACGAAAGUUCCUUUCACUGGAACAAACAAGGAAUAAAAAGUUAAUGAUAGACUGGACAACAUCUGGCAUCACUGAACCAACUUUUCUUGGUAAUAAAGUUUACCAUGAAUAUCAUAUUGAGAAACUUCUUCAAUACAUUGAUUGGAAACCUUUCUUUGAUGUUUGGCAGCUAAGGGGGAAAUAUCCCAAUCGAGGAUACCCAAAAAUAUUUAAAGAUAAAACAGUUGGUGAGGAAGCUCUUAGAGUGUUCAACGAUGCACAAGUGAUGCUACGGAAGAUUAUUGAUGAAGAUUUAUAUCAGAUGGAAGGAGUUGUAAGCUUCUUUCCCGCCAACUCAGUGGGUGACGACAUACACGUGUACGCUGAUGAUGUCAUGCCAAGACCUACAACCCCUCUUGCUGUUUUUUACGGGUUAAGACAACAAGCAGAAAAAGAAUGGGAAUCUGUCGAGCCUUAUUAUUGUUUAUCUGAUUUCAUUGCACCACGUGUUAGUGGUGUGAGGGAUUACAUUGGUAUGUUCGCUGUCUCGUGUUUUGGAGCAAGAGAGUUAUGUAAACAAUAUGAAGAUAACAUGGAUGACUACAGCAGCAUCAUGGCUAAGGCUGUUGCUGAUCGAUUGGCCGAGGCGUUUGCUGAAGCUUUACACGAGCUUGUUCGUACCACCUUGUGGCCAUAUUCAUCCAACGAACAAUUGGAAGCCGGAGACUUGCAUAAAAUUAAAUAUCAGGGAAUACGCCCAGCCCCUGGAUACCCCAGCCAACCUGAUCAUACAGAGAAACUUACAAUGUGGGACGUCAUGAAAGUAGAGGAAACUAUUGGAACAAAGUUAACUGGUUCGCUCGCUAUGGAUCCACCAGCAUCAGUUAGUGGAUUGUAUUUUGCUAAUGAGAAAGCCACGUACUUUGCAGUAGGAAAGAUAUGUGAGGACCAAGUGGCAGACUAUGCAUCUAGGAAAGGUUGUACUAAAGCUGAAAUAGAAGAAUGGCUUUCCCCCAUACUUUCCUAUGAUUCAUAACAUAAGACUGCCUAUAUUGCUGUGAGUGAUUAAUGUUCCAGUUUUAAUAAUGUUGAUGAAGCUAUUUUACAUAUUUUUAAUUUCUACCCUGCUUUUUUACCUGUGCGGCAAUAUAACGUGUACAGAAUGUAUUCUAAUUAUUACUUCUUCUAAAGAAAUAAACAAGAGGUGCAAG